ACAAAUCGAGCACCCACUCCCAUCGAGCUUUAGGAUUGGCUUGAAAGGUUUGAAGUCGUUCUAAACGGUUUCAGCGGGUAUUUGUGGAGGAGAACUGUUGUUGUCCGAGACUUCUAUGUAGCCGGUUUGCUUUCAGGUCAUCAAGAUGAAUUCUGUAUUAUUAUCAGUUCGCUCCCUAAUGCAAAUGUUUGAGGGCAAAGCAAAAGAGUUCAUGAAUGAAAUCGACAAUGUUCACAUGGUUUGGCUGGAGGAGAUCCAGCAGGAAGCUAAUCGCAUUUUUUCUCGAGAUUUUAAUGCUGCCCCAGAGUUGAUGCCAAAAACGCCCUCACAAAAGAAGAACAGUCGAAGGAAGCGUGUCUCUUUGGGGCGUCAAGAAGAAAGUCAAACAAGAAGAAGAUUUUCAAGGGGAAGACGCAGCAACCUCCGUGGUUCUCCUGUCAAAUCUCUGAACUUGAUUGCUGAGGAGCCAAUCGCUGAAGGUUCUAGCUCUCAAGCGAGCAACACAGCACAACCAAAACGCACCACACGUAAAAACAAACAAACAAAGCCAGACGUGACAGGAGAGGAGAACACUUCAGUCGACGACAAUGAUGCGGAAGCAUCACAUAACGAGAAGCCAGUUCUCCCGAACAAAGAUGUGGAUAAAAAGGACGAGACGAAUGCUGAAGGUGUCACGUAUGAACAAGCGUGUGACGCAGCGCUGUCUCCGCCUAAAAUACCCUUGCCUGAGGUAGUUGUCAGAAUCUCCUCUGAGGAGCGUUUGUCUGCUGAGUUCGUCCAACAGCUUGAGGAUUCUCCUGGGCGCAAAGCAGUUAAAGUCCCCAUUGCCAAACCUCCUCGGAAGACGAGGCGGAGCUCAGCGCGCUGCUCCCUCAAGGUGCGGCAUUCACUGGCUGGCCUCCGGCACAGUAUGACCCAGGCGUCUGUGCACCGCGCCUCCCAGCGGUCUAUGCUGAAAAAAAAAGCGACUCGCACUAAUAACUCCACUUGUAGCAGCAACAUUGAUGAGGACUCUCCCAUGGAUACUACUGACGAGAAUGAUCACGUCCAUAGUGAAACCGAGCCGGUACCUGCAGAAGCUCCAUCUGCAGAGGCUGUGCCUGAAAUCUCCGAGGAUAAUUCACAGGAGCCCGUAAACGCACCUCUUGAACGCAUCACUCGCUCCAUGGCUGCAAAUUCAGAGAAGCUGGCCCCCUCAUCAAUGCCAACCAGUAAACCUAAAGUCAGUUCUCCAGUUAAAACAGAUGUCGGUGAGAAACAACAGGGAGCCAAGAUAGUUCGGCAGUCGAGCCGCAGCACUAAGCGAAAAGCACCAGAUACUAUAGAGGACAGUCCAACAAAGAGGUUAUCUCCUCCCAAAAAGACUCAGAGUGCAGUCAAGCCCAGCAUGAGAUCUUUUCUCCACACGGUGCAGAAGAAUCAGAUGCUAAUGAUGACUCCUAACUCUCUAGGCCGCUCCGGUGUCAUCAAGUCCUUCAUCAAGCACACCACUCCUUUGAAAAUUGAUUCCAAGAUGAGCCUUGGUUUUGUGACCAAGGAACGUUACAAGCUGGAGGCACUAAAAAAGAAGCAGGAGCAAGAGGAGGAAAGGAUGAGAAAAAUGGAGGAGGAGAAGAGAAAGAAGCAAGAAGAACUUAAAAGGAAAAGAGACGAGAGGAUAAGAAGGGUGUUGGAGGCCAAAGGGAAAGAAGAGCAGAGGGAGGAGGAAAAGAAAAAGAAGAUUGAGCAAAAGAUGGCUCAGAUUGACGAGAAAAACGACAAACGACAGGCAGAUGAGAAGGCCAAGAAGAAAGUGGCCAUGAAGCGUCAAGAGGAGCUGGAGCUGAAGAAGAAGCUGGAGGAAGAAGCCAAAAAGAAGAAACUGCAGCAGCUGGAGGAGGAGAAGCGGCAGCAGGAGUUGAUGGCAAAGAAGAAGGCAGAGGAAGAAGAGCAAGUUCGCAGAGCGCUUGAGCUGAAGAGGGAGCAGGAGCGUGAGAGGGAGCUGGAGAGAGAACGGCAAGCUGCUGCUGAAAGGGAGAGAAAAGAGAAGGAAAAAGCACUUGCCCUGCAACGAGAACUUGAGAGAGCGGUGAGAGAGAAAGAAAUGCGGGAGCUAGAGGAAAGGAGGAAGGCGUUGGAGGAAAAACGAAAACUGGAGGAGCAGCAGAGGAUGGCUGAAAAAGAGAAAGCUCUUAAAGAGAGAGAAGAGGCCAGGCUGAAGGAGGUUGCUGCAGAGAAAAAGACUGUUGCUGUCCUGAACAUGACUGUGGACUUGGAGAAGUCUGUUUUGAACACACCUGACAAAAAAGGUUGCGGACUUAAUGGGACUUAUAAUGUGGAAUCCUCGCCACAGUCAUACGCCAUCACUCCAAAAGGUGCCAACAAACCACUGGUGACCUCAAAGAACCUUGACGAUUAUGGGAUGGACCAAAACAGUGAUGACUCCACAGAUGACGAAUCUGCUCCUAGGAAACCCAUUCCUUCCUGGGCAGAAGGUCCCUAUCUGAAGCAGAUAAUUAUGAAGCAGUACUUCAACCCCCCUGAUCUAGAUUCUUACUUUGGGACUGUUGAACCACCAAAACUGGAGAACAUAUUUUACAAGAGCAAGCCUCGAUAUUUUAAACGCACCAGCUCUGCUGUGUGGCAUUCACCCCCCGCUGGAGCAAAGUAGUGUUGGUCCACUAAUGCAGUACUCUUACUGUAACCUGUUCUAUAAAAGCUUGAUAUUUGUUAUUUUUAAAUAAAGUUUAACUUCUUUCCUCCUCCUCUUGAUUUAUCUAUCUGUGCAGAUUAUUUUUUUCUUUGUUAAAGCUGUUUAUUUCAUUUAAAGGCAUUUGUCUCUCAGCAAUCAAUAUCACAUUUGACUAUAAAAUAAAUGUUGUUUCUUAGAAAACCACUAGGCAUGUCCAACUCAGGAAAAUAUGAUUUAUAUUUUAAGAACUUAACCUUCAAUAAAGUAAUAUGCCAAAUUUGGCUUGAUGAA